AUGGAUUCCGAUACGUCAACUGUUUACACUAUACACAGCAGUAUGAAGAAAGGUUUUAGGGGUGUUUAUACUGAACAACUAACAAACAAAAAAAUUCCUAUAAAUUCAGUUACUGGAUCAGUAUAUGGUGAAGAUUCUCUGUUAAUAAAUUUAACAAAAUGCUCAAAAAAAGCUAAAGGAGGUAUAAACAAGCCAGGAAAGUACUCGCUCAAAGUGGCCAAAAAAGAUUGCGGGUACGUUACAAGUCAAAUUGUCUCGGAUUCAUACGUUUCUCAAUACAAAGUUUCUACUUUUUUUCUGGAUUCAAAGUUUUCGGAUAUACGGCACAAAAACCGAAAUGAUUUCGCAUGUCGGAUUCGUCGCUGCGUGUGUAGGUAGCAACAUAAAUCCCCUAGCUAGUGCCAUUUGUUUAAUGUCUCCUUUUGAAAAAAUAUUUGAAAAUUAAAAUAUUUGACAGACCAAUUAUAUAUCCAGUCAUGGAUUCUAAGACUACGUACACACGGUAACGUUUUCGAGCGUUUUCAUUUGCGUUUUCACGCUAAAACGGAUGCGAAAACUAUUAAUUUACGACUGAAGUUGUAGUUUAUUUAAUAUAUUGGAGAUAUUUUCCUUUGAACCACGUGAACAGGGCAUCAAAGCGAUUAAAGGGACACAAACGUUUUUGAAAACGCUCGAAAACGACGCCCGUGUGCACAUAGCCUAAGUGUUUCGGGCUUAAAGUAAAAGAAUGUAAGAACAAGAACAAACGUCACAAGGGUAAACAGAUGUUUCUAAUUUCAUUUCAAGGAAUCAUCAAGCAAACUCAGAAGUUCCAGUUGAAUCCAGGAAUCAUCAAGCAAACUCAGAAGUUCCAGUUGAAUCCAGUAGAGCUAACAGUGCCCCUGCUCCCUCCCCUCAGAUAUUGCUGGCAUCUGAAUCAUCUUCUCGACACAUUGUAUUCAACACCAGUGUACCUGGGCGUCCUGUGGUGUCUGCUGAACGAGUGAUGAGAUAUGGUCGUCAUAGUGGGGACAGCCGUCUCAGAACUUUGCAGACAUCAACACGCAAUAAAAACAGGAACAUCGGACCGAAGAGCAUUGUAAGUGUCUGUUCGAAUAUACUAAAAUUCAAAAAAUCCCGCCUGCUCUAGUACUCUGUAUGAACCUGUGAAAAUUGCAAAUCACCAAAUUUCCAAAAUGGUAACGGUCCUGUUACAUGAGGUAAUCUCUUAGUUGCAGUUUGCAACUCAGCAAUGUAAUUGUUGAAAUCCCUUUGCAAAAUACUGUAAAAUACCUUUUUUCUCAAAUAAGGUAACUAUAAAUUUGAACAUGCAUAACAUUUGAGACCAUUCCUCGUAUUAUUGUAAUGUUAAUGUACAUUGACAAAGCAAACUUCGUGACCCCAUCUCCCCCAGUUCGAUGUUGCAUGUGAACAGGCCAACACAACUUUUUGUAACCUACCAUUACACGUCGACCUCAACAUUGAGUUGGGAGUUGGGACAGGGAGCUUAUGAAGCGCAACAUGGAAUUUGUCAUUAUGGGGUAUGCGAAAAGUAGUCUCAACCAGUUAUGCCCAUGAUGGUAGUUGCAGCCUUGCAGGGAAACAUGGCUUUAAUAGUUAAUAGGGUAUUGUGAGAACUGUGGGUGGCCAGUUUAAAUAGGGUAUUGUAAGAACCAGGUCCGCCAGUUUUCCUCACACCAAAAUCACCACGAUCAAACAUAGACCGCAUUGCGGCAGCUAUGAACGCCCUAGGAAACAUUCGGUACAAUCACAUUUGAGUUGUCUCAUUCAACACUCAACUGCUAUUCAACACUCAACUGCAAUGAAGGAUGAUUCGCACCACCUAAGGUCCUAACCUUGCUUUACGUAACUAAACUUUACUUUACUUUUUUAGUCUUUAAAUGAUAUAACGUUAAGUGGGCAGAAGAUCUCGGCUACUGAACUUAAUCAUGGCCGAACUUUAAACAAUGCCGGUGGUGGUACACCGAACAUGACCAGUUCUGCUGCCAAUCGUGAUCCGACUCUCCUUCAUGCAACGAUAAUCUCCUCGUCACCAGAUCCCAACCACUCUCAUAUUCGAGUUGACGUCUAAAUUUAAGUUCCGUUGACACGAGACCACGCGAAUUCCGGACCGUGUUAAGAUUUGCAUGGUUUGCCUUGCUUUCACAUGCACAGGACACAUUAGAGCUAACGAAUUCGUAAAAAUUCCCGUGUGAACAAAUGGAACUGGAGGAGUUUGCGUACGGUUCAGUCCAAAUUCGUACGAUCUAUGUAGUGUGAACGUAGAGUGUGGUAUAUUUUACGUUCAAUUCUUUCAAUAGUUAGAAGGACUAGCCAGUCUUCAGAACCAUUCUUGGAGAUAAAUAGACAGAGAAGAAUUAAUACAACUCGACACGGCAGUUUUUCUGUCGUAUAUUUGAAGAAGUAUUCAAAACCUAAAAUUGUUUUGGCGUAUACUUUUCAAACUUACCCUAAAAUUACGUUGUAUGUGUUUGUGAAUUGAACUAUACGAGAGACGUUUUUCCCGAGUUGCAAAAAAGCUGUGGAUAUGUGGGUACCACCGUGAGGAGGUUUAUCUCUUGCGAGGUCAGUCAGGAAGGUUUGUGGACACUCUAAACUGAACAAUAACACCAUAAAACAAUAAAUGCUACUUGACUAUAGGCAGGUUGUGGUAAUAAUUGGCAUGAUGCUGAUGUGGUGCUGAUAACUAUAGUACCGAUAUCACAUGACUAUCACAUUGGAGAAUCUUGAGGAGAAACCAAUAGAACUGAAAAAAAUAUUCUGCUUUGUCUUUGCGUUUGGUUUAACAAAAAUGACAGCGAAUAAGCUAUUCAAGCUUACCAAAAACGCAGAUAGUUAUGUUGUACAACAGUUCGUAACGCUGCCAGUAGCAGCUUUCUGCGGACCGGCGUUCCUAUAUAAGCAAUCGUAACAUACAUAUCUGCUAACACUGACCAGUACUGUUUGUCUGUAUGUGAUCAUGAGUGAAAUGCAAUCAACUAGCUCAGUGGUCAAUGCUGAAUAUACUAGUCAGUGGGAAACAGGAAUAUAAGAUGCCGAUUUUUAAAGACAUAAUUUAUAUAUUUUGCAAUUCAAAAGGGCCAUAAUUCACAUUAUUUUGAAGAAGAUUUGAAAACUUUGCCCAGAGGAAAGUUGAACAGUUUUUUCAACUCUGCGUCCUCUCUUAAGCAUUAGACAAUGGCAAUUGCAGUUAUUACAGUACUUGCUGGAAAAUAUAGCUUUAAUUAUAUAAUGGCCUUCUUCUUCGCAGUUUAUUUUAAAAUAGAUUUGGGAAGACGAAAAAGGAUAAAUAUGUUGAAAUUGAUGAUCCAUUCUAUCAAAGAACUAGAAUUUUAAGAAUCAGUUGAAAGUGUUAGAAUUUCACAAAUUUUAUUUUAUUUUUAUACAACUGACAAUGUAAAUGUAGAAAGUAAUAAAUCAAACAGUG